AUGGCGAAGCGAUCGUUCGAGGCUGCAAUAGCAGACCUGGAACAAACGAAUGGUUCUGCAGAAGAGGUUUUGCUGGCAGCAGCUGAUAUUUUGGGACUGCGUCUCCAGGAGAACAUCGACGCAUCCUCUACAGACGUCAAGUUCAAGACCUCUUCGCACUCGCCCGGGUUCAAGGAGCAAUGGCUGCUUCGUUGGCUUCUGAAAAACCUGAAUGCUUCGGACUCUAAGGGUAAAACGUCGGCGACCGCAGGGGCUACCAUUGAGAGUUUUGUUUUGCUUCCACAGUUCUGGUCGCUUCUUCUCAGUUUGACAUCUCGCAUAAAAGAUGAGGUUUGUCUAGAGAUCCUGUUGGAGCGAAAGUUCUUCCAUACCUUGGAUCAGUCGAUCCGACUUUGCCUCUCCAGAAAGGAGUCUGGCGAUGGCUCACAACUACCUCCAGGCUCAGUUGCUGAGCCCAAGGAGCGCAUGACGAAGAGGAGGCGGUUGAGUCCCCCGACUACCACUGUACAGCCAAGACCGUCCGACCAUACAACCCUCAUCUGGGUUCUUCUACAGGCUGCCUGCCGGUGUAUCGACCUUCUAGCUGUGCCGUCGUCGCACAGGAGGAGAAGGAAUGCUCCGACAUGGACUGCAUCCUGGAACGAUCAAGCAUCCUUGUUUGGCAGCUUACUCCAGGCAAUAGCUUUUCUACUAGAAAAGGAGCCACAAAGCGAGGAGCAAUCCUUACUGUUACAACUGCUCCGUACUCUUCUGUCCUUUUGGAAGGGCGACUCCACGGCCACCCGAACGCAGAGCGACGACCCAAAUCGAGCCUUUGCCUCUCACUGUUUGAAGCCAAGCUUGGUUCUUCUUGAUAUCUUGCGAGGAUCGAACGACGACGACAAGCCCUUUACUUCUUCGAGGAACGCAAUAGAACGACUGGUUGCGCUGCAUAUUGUGUUUCCAUUCCGCUCAACUUUCAACGAACGAUUUGCCAAAAAGUGGCGAAAUGUCCAUGAUAAUCUAUUGUACGAGCACUUGGAAAAUAUGCUCAAGAGCUUCAAGGACCAAGUCGCCGACCUAGAGGGUAACACUACACAGUCACAAGACAGGCUCGUCUUGGCCGCUCAUCGACAUUUGGCCUGGAUUAUUCUUGACAUAGCUGCCCGCUCAGUCCCGGCAUCCGACCUUCGAGCGCGACAACAGGAGCAACUGUGGGUUGAUGCUUUGUUCAUAUGUCUCGUUCAUGUGAUCUGGCCUCGUAUACCCCAGAUCACCGCCACGGGAGCUGUAAAAACGGAAAUUUCGGCAACUUCAACACUCGGUGACCGUGAGAGCUGGGUUUCCCCGAUGGAGAACCUGGUGGAUGUUGCUUUGGCACUCAAAAUGAGAAUUUCCCUCCCUGUAAUAGGGUAUAGCUUGUCAGCCAUUCUGGCGUCCGAAGGGGAUGUUUGUCCCUGGACUCUCCUGGCCAAGAUCAUCCGCCUCGACGUCAACAUACUGGUCCCCAGGAUUGGCCUGUCGAAUUCCGAACAGCUAUUGAAACAGGUCAUGGAGAGAAUUGAGUCCAAUAUUGUCUCGAUGAAGCUGUAUGAUCUCAUCCGAGACGAAAUUGUUGUUGCCUUGUUGCGUGCCUUUGCCCGGGCCAGAAACAUAGACGGCUUUGUGACCAUUUGGCAACAAAAUCUGGCAGAUGCAAUACGUGUGCGUUACGCAUCCAGAUAUGACCCUGAAACCAUACCUGCUAUUCUUGUGUGGGACGAUGAAAAUGUCGUUGAUGAAUUCAGAGCCUUAGCUUUGGUUCAUGCUCCUCCAAGGAUGGGUCAGAUGCUGCUGAGCGAACUCCUCGAGCAGUUCAAGACCCUUGCUGCAAAGGUUGGAUCCACGGCUGAUGUAUUCGCCAAGCUAGCGGUCUUUUCAGCCAUGUUAGAGCUGUCUGACUCUCACGACACAAGCCUGACUCUGGACAAAACACAGUUGGCUGACCUCUUCCGGGAGGCGAUGAAUGCGUUGCCCAGGAAGUCCGACUAUCAAGCCCAACGCUGGCAAGUCUGGAGGCUUCUUCGCUUGCUUGUUCCGCUUCUAGACUUCAAGGACCUACCUGACCUUGAGGACUUGCUCCAACCCCAUCACCACUUCAUGUCAUUGAACGAGUUCGAGAGCUCAGGACGACAGGACGAGACCCGGAAGAAGGCGGCAAGGUUUCUGGAGUGUCUUGAAUGUUUUUCGCUGGUGAUUGAAUUGGUUGUCCGGCAACGUCGAUUCCAAACCGACAUUGACUCUGAACUCAAUCAUUUGACCGAGCUGAUGGUGCGGUUUGAGGCCACGCCGCUCAAUUCUUUUGCUGUCUGGAAUGGCCGGAACUACGACUGCGACAGUGCAGACAAGCUCUUCGCUGCAUGCAUUGGCCGUCUCUUGCAGAGGCCGACCGUCUUAUCUUCCUGCUCGCAUUCGGCCCAGAGAUUCAUUGAGAGAUCGUUAGACCUGCUUACGUCUCGUUCACAAGCGGGGAGUCAAGUCGGGCCAACCUUAGAAUCACUUGUGAAAGCCGUCCUGAGCGCCGAAGAAGUGCUGAAUAACCCGUCUUUGCGGCAAAUGGUCUCUCAGCAUGUCGCGAAAGCUCUGGAGUCGACCGACAAAACACCCGAUCGAUCGCUAAUACAAGCCCUGCCACUGGACGCGGUCAAGAAGUCUCAGCUCAAAAGGAUCGCGGCUGCAGCCAUGCAUCGUCUGACAGCUGAUACUCAAGUUGCCACAAUCACAGAAAUUGAAGAAGAUCUGGACCUGCUCAUUCACUUGGAUUCUGUUGCGGCUAGAACGAGCAUUGAUUGCAAAGAUUGGGCUCUGUGGAUCGCUCUCUCUGAGAAGAUCUUGCGACGCGAGGACAUCCAGACAACGCCAUCGUCUUGGCCUGCAAUUCUUAUGAUAACUCAUAUUCUGGACAAUAUCUGGGCCCAAGCUCUUGCUAGUCAGAACUCGACCGUACUUUCAGACAUACUGUCUUGGAUCAGGAAGACGAUUGACGCCUCUCGUGUCGCAGACUCUCAACCGGCGACCUUUUUGGCACUGCAGGUUUUCUUCGGCCAAGUCUGCCAGGCAGAGCGCGCUCUGGAGAAUAUCAUUACGAGCCACAAGCUGGAGAAAUUGCGAAAGAACUUUAUACGGCUUUUGAGAUCUCGCCUCGACCGGGCCCUUCAUGGAUCGCAGGACAAGAUAAUCUUCGAUUUGAAGUUAACCCUGACUGCAGCCCGGCGUAUCGGUGCUAUCGAGAAGGACGAGCGAAUUCGACAAGCAAUCUCCAGCGUCCAGAGGAUGCUUCAGACGACGCCAGCCUCUCUGGGCAGCAAAGCUACGGCCAACGAGGAGUGGCGGAUGAGACUUUCAGCCCAAUGCGAAUGCUUGAAAUUGCUGUUGCCUUCAGAUGUCAAGCCAGACGAGAAUGUAAUGGAAGAGGCGAUUCAGAAACUGGUAUCUUCUUUCGAGGGGCAAGAUGUAUGGACCAACGCAGAUGUGUCCCUCAUUGUUGCCAACGCAGACAUUCUCGUACGGCAGAUUGGCGCGAAUGGCUGGAUCCUUACCCUCGACUUCCUGCAAAAGCAAGGCAAGCAGAACGGCUUCCAGCUUGUGCGACCUGUGGUUACCGCCUCUGUCAUUGUACAUGUCACCAACCAAGAUAUUUUGCAGGCUCCCCAGCUGGCGGGCGAACUGGCAGAUGUCGCUUGCAUGAGAAGUCUCAAUGGAGGAUUGACUCUGGAAGAGUUAUGCCUCACCCUGGACAAUGCCCGGACGGUUCUAGAACGGCAUCCCCUAGUCGUGAACCAAUGCACGCUCGACAGACUUCUCGCGACGAUAUGCACCGUCGCAUCCUCUGUGUCGGAUGAUGAGCUUCUGAUGCCCAAGACUGACGUGGACACAGGCCUGCAGGCCUCGGACAUCUAUGACCGACUGUGUGCACUCAUUGGGGCUGUUCUUGCAAGGCAUAGACGACGUGUCUCUGACCGCUAUCACCUGUUACUCCCGGCUCUACAGGCGCUCUUGCGUUGUCUGUUCUGGCCAGGGUCUGCAAGCCUCCACGACAGCAACCGGACCACGGUCGCAGCCAGCCUGAACGCGUUCGGGAAGGCCAUGCCCAGAUGGAUGCGGCAGUCGCAUGAAUGUCUGCCGGCGUCUUCUGCCGAGAAGUUUGCGCGACUCUUAUCGUCGAUCUGCAAUCCUACCGUGUCGGCGGCGCGAUCGUCGAGGAAAAGAGGCCACAACGACCUCAACGACGAGACCAAACAGGCCAAGCUGUUGGCAGGCCAGCACAUGCAGUACCUGGUGAUGGAAUACGCCCGAUGUAGUCUGGACGGCCAGAUGUCGCCUUCGGUCAAGGAGCGCCUGAUGCCAGGACUGUAUAGUGUCAUGGGGGCGAUGGAGCGCGAUCUUCUGAGGGCGCUAAAUGCCGGCAUGGAUCCGAGCAGUCGAGCCAUUUUCAAGGCCUUGUAUGAUGACUGGACUCGGUAUGGAAAGUGGGAUAAAAAUUAG